AUGGCACUGCAAUGGCUGAUUCUGUCGUACGUGGUUGCCGCCGAGGUCGCCAUCGCCGUCAUCUUGACUCUCCCUUACCCUAUGCUCUUGAAGAAACGCAUCGUGUCACUUGUCUCCCUCAUACUCAAGCCUGCCGCUUCCGUCGUCGCCUUCGCCGGAUUUCAACUCCUCGAUAUUUACUGGAAGAAUGAGCAUAGGUUAACGUGCUCAUCCGAGGUUUGCACUGCUACAGAGAGGGAUCGCUCCGAGAAAGCAUACUACAAGGCUCAGCGGAAUGUGGUUCUAUGUGCAGCUGGGAUUCUUCUCUACUGGUGCAUCUUCCGUAUCUGCAAGUACAACAAAGAUCUUGAGCAUUUGGAGGAACUAGAGAAGAGUCACAAGCAAGAGUAG